GAAGAGGAGGGGUUUAGGAAGGAGAGCUGAGGUGUGUGUGUGUGUGUGUGUGUGUGUGUGUGUGUGUGUGUGUGAGUGUGUUGGUGAGUGUGUGUGUGCGCAAGGGAGAGGAGGAUGAAGCAAAAGGGGACAGAGUGUUUUGCUUCUCUGGGUGUAAUGGUCAUCCCAAUCUUAUUAAGCUCUGCGUUCUUCCUUUCUACUGGUCUCCUGGCUCCUGGGUUUGUGGGAGUGAAUGAGUGUGUGUGAGUGUGUGUGGUGUGUGGUGUGUGUGUGUGUGUGUGUGUGUGUUAAAACAAGAGGAAAUCUGCUGCUGGGAGUUGCUGAAAGAGCGUGAGCUGACACACCGAGAAUUUCCCCGCUUUACGUCUUUCUUUUUGACAUCUGGUCCCUCUCUUUGCAUCUUUUGCUGUACCAGAUGAAAAUGUCAGUAAAGGUAGAAACUCUGGCAAAUGGGUCAGAAAGAUCAGACUUGUCCAUGGCUCUGGAGGACUGCAUGACUGCAAUGGAUAUGUUCCUGCGAAAUGACUUUGAAGAGGCUCUGUGCAGACUUAAGAGCAGGACUAAAGACAGCAUGUAUCAUGCACUCACAUAUGCGACCAUUCUGGAAAUGCAGGCUAUGAUGACCUUUGACCCUGAGGACAUCUUGGUGGCCGGAAAUACAAUGAAAGACGCUCAGGCUGUGUGUCAGCGGCAUCGUAAGAAGUCUUCUUUCAAUAGCAAAAACUUUACAGAAGAGGAGCUCCAUGCUGAAGUGUGCUAUGCUGAAUGUCUCCUCCAGAGGGCAGCACUGACCUUCUUACAAGAUGAAAACAUGAUCAGCUUCAUCAAAGGAGGGAUGAAAGUGAGGAAUAGCUAUCAGAUAUACAAGGAACUUCAUACAGUCCUGAAGUCCUCCAGUUAUGUUCAGGGUGACAAUCACGGUCACUUUGAGGGUGGAGUGAAGCUGGGAGUGGGAGCAUUUAAUCUAAUGCUUUCUCUGUUGCCCACCAGGACCCUGCGGCUGCUUGAGUUUGUGGGUUUCUCUGGUAACAAGGAUUUUGGUCUUCAGCAGCUCCAGGAGGGCUCUGCAGAGAACACAUUCAGGUCUUUCCUGUGUAACAUGCUUCUGCUCUGCUACCACACCUUCAUGAGCUUCAUACUGGGCACUGGAGAAGGAGAUGUGGAAGAUGCAGAGAAACUGCUGCAGCCAUAUCUUAAGCUAUAUCCUAAGGGCUCCAUUUUCUUGUUCUUCGCUGGCCGAAUAGAGGAAAUCAAAGGCAACCUGGAUGCUGCCAUCAAGCGCUUCGAGGAGUGCUGUGAAGCCCAGCAGGUGUGGAAGCAGUUCCACCACAUGUGCUACUGGGAGCUGAUGUGGUGCUUCACCUACAAGCGUCACUGGAAGAUGGCCUACUUCUACGCUGACCUGCUGAGCAAGGAGAACGCUUGGUCCAAGGCCACCUACGCUUAUAUGAAAGCUGCCUACCUUAGUAUGCUGACUCGGGAGGAAAGCCAGCCAUUCGGGGAGAGUGAGGUGGCAUUGUUCAGACAAGUGCCUGGCCUGAAGCAGAAGAUUGCCGGGAAGUCACUACCUACCGAGAAGUUUGCAAUCCGCAAGGCUCGCCGUUACAAUGUGGACAACCCCAUUCCUCUGCCAGCCCCGCCCCUGGAGAUGAUGUAUAUCUGGAACGGCUACACGGUGAUCGGGAAGCACCGGGACCUGACGGAGGGCAUGCUGAAGGCGCUGGACGAAGCGCAGCGGAGACUUGAACAGCACCCCAAGACAGAGUCCUCCAUAGAUGACCACUGUGUGUUGAGUCUGCUGAAGGGCCUGUGUCUCAAACACCUCGGCCACAAGGAGGAGGCGGAGCAAUACUUCACUCUCGUCCUCUGCAAUGAGACGCAGAUUAAGUUUGACCACUACCUUGUGCCUAAUGCUCUGCUGGAGCAUGGCUUGCUAUGUCUGGAAGAGGGAAGGAGAGAAGAGGCCAUCAAACUGCUGGAGAUGGCCAAGCAGAACUAUAAGAACUACUCCAUGGAGUCACGCACACACUUCCGCAUCCAAGCGGCGCUGCACAAAGCACGAGUCCCGAAAGAGAACGGCGAGCAUUGCUCCCACUCUAGCCCCUAGCAGCCGGCAGGGGUCAGGGAGGUCACAGUGUCGGUGCGUGCCAAGCUCAGGUCUUAGGAGCGGGGUAAGCACCUUGGGAGGCAAGAGAAAACAACCACCACCUGGACCAAUUAGAGGCGGCAGACUGAGCCUCUGACGAGAGAACACUCGCUCCAUUAAACACAUGCACAUGCACACACACACACACACACACACACACGCACACACACAGGUACAUAUUUACAUAUACAAGAGCAUUUCUUUACAUUAAAGACAAUCACAGAACACACAGAACCACAGGUGCAUGCACAGAUAGGUGGAGCCAGUCCAUUGUGCUGAGGCCAAAAGUCUAGUACUCCAAGCUUGCAAUAAUGUUUCGCUCGCAUCACCUAAAGGUGUCUGUAGCCCCUUCAAACAGUGUUCAGUUCUCACAUUGGUUAUGCCCUCUGACCAUUAACACUGUGGCCUACAUGUGACAGCAGCACACUGGCUGUGCUCCCUGACAAAUGUUUUGAUCAUCAUGCACAAAGUACUAGAUAACAUUAUUUUGCAAGCAAAGGGAAACAGAAAACAAAGUUAAAUGCCAGAAUUCAGGUAGUAGCAAAAAAGAAAUGUUCAAUUGUAUAAACAAUGUUGGUUACAUGAUUUAAUAUUCAUUCUGUGUUCCCCUUGUACCGAGACAUCAAUUUUUUACAGUACAAAAAUCUCCCACUCCUCUGAAAACAGAGUAGGCCCUAUGGCAGCCUCGUCUCUCUCUUCUUUACCAUGCCGGCUACAUGGCCAUCGCAAAGCUGUCAAUUAUGUAAAUGUACCAUUAGGAGUUUGUGAGUUUAUGUGAUCGUUCCGUCUUUCUAGUAUUUAUUCUCUGUGAUGUCAGCUUGGAAAAAUUGUCCGAUUUUAAGUGGACAGCAGAAUGUGUCUUUUAGAAAGGCAGUGUCCAUGUGGACUUGGUCCAGAUAGUACUUGAAUGCAAACAAGUGAGUCUUUCAGAUAGAUAGGAGGAGCCAUGGCUGUCUGAUCUAGCUGUGGUAACAAAUGCAUUGACAACCACUUAUAGCC